UACUUACAGGUGUAUAUGUAAAUGAAAUAUGCAUUAUAGGCUAUAUUACAUGCUGUAGCUCAGUGGUUCUCAAACUCUUUCGCAUCAAAGACCCUAAACUGACACAAAGAUUAUUACUUUUCCAUGACCAACAUAGUCAAACAUUCUGUCAUUGUGUUACUUAUAGAUGGAAUAAUACUGAAAAUAAAUUAUUCCCCUUUUUGCUGGGUCCCUCAGGGACCCCUAGGGGUCCCCGGACCCCACUUUGAAACCCACCGCUGCAUCACUGCUGUAGAUUUUUCACAAAGGGAAACACAGCUUAUGAAAUAUAAAUGUAAAAGUAUCAGGGAUUAAUUUUAGAUGAACUCUCUCAGUUUUGUGUUCAUCAGUCUACAGUCUUGCGGAAUAAGAAGCAGAAGCUCAGUAGCUGUUCCACCGGAGAUCAGCAGAGGGAAACGUAGGACACUUUUCUCUCUCCGCCUCAGACAAUAAAAACAAGGCGAAGCCCACACAGACGGCAGCAUCUCAGCACCAUUCAAAGACUGGCACCCGAGCAAUGUCUGAAGAGUGAAAGGCUCACAUACACACACACACAGCUGGGAGAAAAUAUGCAUACAUGGCCGCCGAUGUGGGACUAGAGAUGUAGUUGCAAGGAUGCCAGCCAGCUACAUCUCUCGUUUGCUCCUCUUCGUCUGGAUCUGCGCGGUUUGGGAGGCGCUGGCCAAAUCUCUUCCAGAUCAGGGAGCAUUUGAGGUGCAAAUAAAAGUCCAGGUGUUCGACAACAGCGACCUUUCACCGCUGGCGGACGCUCAGGUGGAAGUCCACGGCAAUCAAACUGUCUUGGCGUCUAGUAAGGCAGGCAGCGAUGGCGUCCUGAGGGUGAGCUUCCUGUACCGGGCAGGAACAUGGGUCAUCAUAACAGCCUCCAAACAAGACUACGUCACCAACUCGGUGCCCUGGCACUCCAGUCGCAUCCCCUUGUAUGCAUCUGUCAGCUUGUACCUCCUCGUGCAGAGGCCAGGAACACUCAUUCUGUACGAUGACGUCCUGCAGGUGCUGUCUGGGUCACCAGGAGCUCGUAACCAGCCGCUGGUGCAGCUCCAGAGGAAGUCCCUUCAGCUGCCAUCCAACUCCAACUACACGGCGCUGUCUGCCGCGCUGACGACAGCCAGGAGUCAGUAUGAAAUCGGUGGUUUCCCUUUUCUCCUGGGCCAAGAGACCAACAGCUCAGGUGCAGAAAUUGGGUGGACAGAUUUGACAGCACUGGCAGUGGUCAGCAUUCAGCUCUUUGACAAAGAUGGCAGUGCAAUCCAGGUCUCAGAUCCAAUCCACCUCUCUGUGCCGCUUCCAUCUGACACCCGCAACAGGAUGGCCACAAGUGUUCCUGCUUGGCUGUAUCAGCCUAAGACGGGACUGUGGGUUAGGAACGGGACAGGCUACAUCAAAAAGGACGGCACACAGUUUGUCUGGAACGUUGUGGUUCCUCAGAUGGGCUACUGGUUAGCUGCCUUCCCCACAUCUUCAGGAUUGGGUCUGGCUCACCCGGGUUUGAGGGACAUCACCACUUACCACACCCUGUUCCUGCUCUCCAUCCUGGGCUCGCUGGCCUUGCUGGUGCUCAUCCUGCUGUGUGUGCUGCUCUACUACUGCAGGCGGAAGUGUUUAAAACCUCGUCGACAGCAAGGAAAACCCCACACUUCCAAUCUAAAUGGCGCCAAGAGAGACCAAGGCACAUCAACUUCACGCCUAAAUCUGAUCUGUGGAGGCCAUGUUGAGUCUGGCCCCUCUAAUGAAAAAUCUGAUAUGUCCCCAUCUCGAGACUAUCAGAGUUCAAGGGAGGACUUAACCAAGCAUGUUCCAGCUCACAUGCUUCGACACGCAAAGGGAAAAAAUACUUCAGGUCCCCAACGGGGUGAAAGCUUCCCCAUGAAGGUCACACGUGCCACAGAGACCAACAACCUGGACAAUCCCUUGCUGCAUGAAGACUACAAUCGGAGCUACAGCCCAAUGGAAGGCAAGGAGUCUGAAUAUCACCGACACCACAAUGCCAACGACAAUCGCGGAUACUCUUCCGAUCCCCCGUCCCCGCCUCGCUUCCAAGGCUACGUACCAAGCCAGUCUGACAAACCUCCAGAAUAUUCAGCAGCGGCGGCAGACAGCCUUGCUAGACCCACCUCCCUCAACACCCAGCCAGGUCAGAUCAUCUUCUGCAGCUCCAUUGACCAGAUGAAGGAGAACAUGUACCAUAGCAUGGUGCCAACCCUGGUCAUUCCAGCCCACUAUAUGCGCCUGCCCUCUGAGUUUUCUGGUAAAGAUGGCAAGGACCAGAAGGACCAAGACAAAGAUGGUGCUCCGAUGGGAGGCCAGCAGCAUCAUCACCACCACUCCCAGAAACAGGGCCAGCAGCAACAGCAGCAGCAAGGUGGAUCCCAAGGUGACGACUCUGAGGAACCAAGCUGGGCGUCUGACUCCUCUGGUGGACCGGUGACCAUCCCGGUGCUCUUCAAUGACUCUACCAUGGCCCAGAUGAAUGGCGAGCUGCAGGCUCUGACCGAGAAGAAGCUACUGGAGCUGGGGGUGAAACAGCACCCCAGGGCAUGGUUCAUCUCCCUGGAUGGACGUGCUAACGCCCAUGUGCGCCACUCCUACAUAGAUGUUGGCAACGACCUGAGUGGCGGCGGUGGCGGCAGUGGAUUCGGAGGUGGUCCCAGCAGCGGUCCCAGAGACAUCAACCUUGAGCCACCUCUGGAAGCUCAAGAGCGCAAGUCAGCGGUCAACCGGAAGGGAAAAGACGAACGCUGGGGGACGGGAGGACGGAAGGGACACGGUGUUGGAAGUAGUAGUGGGAAGAGUUACUCCAAGCUGGCCUACCCCGACCACAGCGAGCCCAGCAGCAGCGAGGGACGCCCAGUCUCACCCGAGGAGAAUUCCCUCACCCCUCUUCUGGAUGAAGGGCCGUCCUCCCGAGGAUCCACCAUCCCCAGAAGAGGACGCAGUCGUGUGAACAGCAGCCGCAGCAGCAACAGCGAGAACCGCCGUGACUCCAUGACCAGUCCUGAGGAUGAUCCCGACGACAAAGAUGAGAACAAGAAGAGCCCCUGGCAGAAGAUUGAAGACAGGCCUCUCAUGGUCUUUCACCCCAGGAAGUAAGCUUUGUGAACUUAACGUACACUGGACCUUUAACAAUCUUUUCAAAGGGGGAAUCUUUCCACGUCAAACAUGGAAGAAGAGUGGUGAAUUCAACGAGAGAGAUCACAAUAAGCACAACCAUGCUUCACUGGUCCAUUUUCAGGUUGUUGUUUGACCUUUGUGUUUCUGGUGAGGUGCUUUUGCACUUUCUGAUUGCUCUUGUAGUCUCACUGUCAGUUAAUCCCACUGGUUUCCACUAAGAUGAUCUGUGGUAGAUUGAAACCUAUCCAGCUUAUUGUGAAUCCUGUCACCUAUUACACCACUGAACCAUCGUCUGAGCCAUUGCAUAUGCUGUAUUGACUGUGGAAAUAGCCAUUUUAUAGAGCAAAAUAUAAGAAUUAAAGCACUUAUUAAUAAUUUGAUAAUUGAUUGAUACAAGUAUUUGGAAGUGACUGACAUUUUGUAUGGUAUGAAGGGUAUUUAGGUGAAUUAGAUUUGCUUCCCUGGACUUGUAUUUGACACAAAGGCCCACAUUGACAUUUGAAAAUGUGCACCUGUGUUUUCUUGACUACUCUCCCGUUCUAAACUGUAACUAGGUUAAGUUUUCUUUUAAGGAAACAGCUUUCCAAAGCCUGAAUAUGUAGGGAAAUUAUCAAUUGUACUAAUUUUUUCUUGAGCCCCUGUGAACAGAUAAUGCACAGUCCAACGUGCAACUUGCAUUUUGCUCCUUCAGGGAUGUACUUGAUUUCCUUUUCCUCCUGUACUGUGUUCAUGUGUUGUAAUUACUUACUCAAAUAUUAAUGAUUUGAAAUGUUGAGCAUCAUCUUCAAGUAAUUUGUCAUUGUUUCUGUCAUUGAUUUAUAGCAGUGAUCUACAGUUCUGCCAAAAUAUCGCAUUUCUGCCUUUC